UGGGAAGCCGAAGGCUGGGGAAGUGCAGAAGCGUUUCUUCGGCAGCCGUUCACAGCCCGAUGCUGCUCCGGCUGGUGGUGAUAUCCUUCACGCAGCGCGUUUCGGUGGGGACCGAGAGGGGUUUUGCUCACGGAUGGGCUGCCCCUCUCUCCUCAUCCUCCGAGGUAGCAGCGAGCGGAGCGUUUCGCUCAGCAGCGUGAGGGUGCUCGGGGGAUGGCAGGCAGGGAGGUGUUUUCCCAUCGGCUCCGCCAGCCUGAGGACCUGAUGCAAUAAGUCUCUGGACUGCCUGGAGCUGCUGCCACUGGAGUCCAUGGCGUACACCAUGACUCCCACACCGACGGGGCCCGUUGGCUCCCAGUACUGCGUCUGCAAAGUCGAGUUGUCUGUCUGCGGCCAAAACCUUCUGGACAGGGAUGUCACUUCCAAAUCUGACCCCUUCUGCGUCCUCUUCAUGGAAGUCAAUGGGAAGUGGGUGGAGCUCGACAGGACAGAGACAGCUGUGAACAACCUCAACCCAGCUUUCGCCAAGAAGUUCAUCGUCGACUACCACUUUGAAGAAGUGCAGAAGCUCAAGUUUGCCCUGUUUGACCAGGACAAGUCGAGCAUGCAGCUGUAUGAGCACGACUUCCUGGGCGAAUUCUCCUGCACGCUGGGCAUGAUCGUCUCCAGCAAGAAAAUAACAAGGACUCUCCUUCUGGGGAACGGCAAGCCGGCUGGGAAGGGGAUGAUAACGAUAGCUGCCCAAGAGCUCUCGGAUAACAGGGUGAUAACUCUGAGCAUGGCCGGCAGAAAACUGGAUAAGAAGGACCUGUUUGGAAAGUCAGACCCCUUCUUGGAGUUUCAUAAACCAGGUGAUGAUGGGAAGUGGAUGCUGGUCCACAGAACGGAGGUGAUCAAGUACACGCUGGACCCCGUCUGGAAGCCGUUCACCGUGCCUUUGGUGUCACUGUGUGAUGGAGAUGUAGAGAAGCUGAUAAAGGUGAUGUGUUACGACUACGACAGCGAUGGGGGACACGACUUCAUUGGGGAAUUUCAGACCUCGGUGGCCAGGAUGUGUGAAGCCCAAGAUGCCUUGCCGCUCGAGCUAGAGUGCAUUAACCCCAAAAAGCAAAAGAAGAAAAAGAAUUACAAGAACUCUGGGAUCAUCAUUGUCAAGUCCUGCAAAAUAACCAGAGAUUUCUCUUUCCUGGACUACAUCCUGGGAGGCUGCCAGCUGAUGUUUACCGUUGGGAUUGACUUCACAGCCUCCAACGGGAACCCGCGAGAACCCUCCUCUUUGCACUACAUCAACCCCCUGGGGACAAACGAGUACUUGUCGGCUAUCUGGGCUGUCGGCCAGAUCAUCCAGGACUAUGACUCAGACAAGAUGUUUCCUGCUCUGGGAUUCGGCGCCCAGCUGCCCCCGGACUGGAAGGUAUCCCAUGAGUUUGCCAUUAACUUCAAUCCCACAAACCCCUUCUGUUCAGGUGUCGAGGGCAUUGUCCAAGCGUACUCAGCCUGCCUGCCCCACAUCCGCUUCUACGGACCCACCAACUUCUCCCCCAUCAUCAACCACGUGGCCCGCUUUGCGGCUCAGGCCAUUCAACAGGAGGCUGCAUCCGGCUGUGAAGAACAUCUGAUGGAGCUCACUUGGGUCACUGUGGCAGCAGGCUGCCCGCAGAGGAUGGCAGGUCUGGCCCCUGGGUUUUGUUGGCCAAAACCAUCUCAGCUCGGACAUCAGCACGUGCGCGGCAGGAGCUGCCUUGGGGUGAAAGCUUUCCUGAUUCCUGCCAGGAGCACAGCUGGAUCACACCCAAAACCUCCUCCCCAAGGGGACCUUUCCCAGCCUUGCCUUGAGUGCUGUUGCUCUUUCCAGCUCCAGGCACAAAGAGAUACUGAAUUUGGUUUAAUUCAGCACAAAUCUGGGUCGCUCCUCAUUUUUUUCGUUUUCUCUCUUGGCAUCAGUGGGGGAGGGAGAAGCCCACAGGCUCCGCACUGAGCAGAGACGCUAAUCGUAUGCAAAUUGCACCCCUCUGUUGGCACUAAUAGUUUAAUCAAGGGAGAUUUUAAAUAAUGGGCACUAAUAGUGCCGUCAGAGGCAAGCCUGGGUUGGCUUGGUCUUUUUUUUUUUGGAAGCACAAAGCGUUAUUGAUGAGGGAUCUCACUCCCCCGGGGUCUUCUCCUCUUCCAUCCCAUCUUCAACGCAUGCAGCAAAGCCACCCCUGAUGCUGCCGGCUUCUGUGGCCGCCUGGACCUGCCCUCCUCUCCCCCCCCGCUCUCGCUCACUCCCAACAUUUCAAAUAAAACCAAAAAAACUCGUAGUUUUUCCAUGGCAACGUGGAUCACAAACACUGGAGCCGUCAGCUCUUAAGGGAUGGGAGGACUAAAACGUGUUGGGGUGUGGGGGGAGAAGCAGAGGGAUUACACACGAUUUGACUCUUGGGGAAGGAUUAAUAAGCUUUGGGGAAUUAAAACACACCUUUCCAGCAGGACCCCUCCAUCCAAACCUCCCCUUUUCUUACCACAUGCUGUUUAAUGCCGCCUAAUCCCUUCAAGUCCUGCUUGCCCGCGUGAGCCUAAUUGCUGAUAUCGUUAGCAGACGAUCAGGGAUCAUCCCCAAAGCCCUUGGUGGAUUCAGAGAUCGGCCAUUUUAGCAUCAAAAAGAGGAGAAAGGGGGAAGGUGCUGCCAGGUUGGUGUGCCGAUGGAGACUGCAGCCCCGGGGGGGGGGGAUCCGGCCGUGGGGUCAGCCUGGUCCCUGCCCAAGCAGCUCCGGUGGCGGCUCGGCAGAGGUGGCAACCGGCCAGGUACCGCGGCUGGAGCCCGGAGGUGCCACCAGCACCCCCUGCCCCGCUGCCGUUUUCUGACUCCUCCAAAAUUGUCAUCGCUCCUUGGGGAAUCUCCUGCCAACGCUCUUGUGCGGUGCCUGCUGCUCCCUUGCUGGUGACGAUGCGCCCCCCCGAGCUCACCCCGCUGCUGCCCCCUGGGCUUUGAGGCUGACCCCCAGCAUCAGUUCUUAUUCCACUCAUCCUCUGAAAUAUGUGAUAUUUAUAGUGAUAAACAUUUGAUGAGCUCUGCUCCCUCUUCUUUUCCUGAAUAUUUUCCAGCAUUUUUCUCUGAUCCUUUUACGGGUUUCACCAAAAAAAAGGAAACAAAGGGAAAUAGUCCUUUCUGAGUUUCUUCUUUUUGACCAUGCACAGAAGCCAGGGGAGGAAGGGAGGAAUCAGAUUAAAUUAAUUCCCAUUAUCAGCAUUUCUCAAGGUUUUAUUCUUCCUCCCGUAUUGGUUCCCAGCCAGGGUCAGGCCCCGGUCACUUGUCCUGCUCCAGCAAUGACCAGUGCUGGCCACCAUGGAGGAGCAUGCAGGUCUUCUCCUGGAGUUUAGUCCUACCCUCCAGACUCAUAUGUUGGGGUCCUGCUCUUCAGACCUACGUCUCCCCAUGAUUUGCUCUGAAAAGUUCAGAUUUAGGGAAAAAGCUAAACAGGCAGGUAGGCAUCAAAAGGGGUCGGGGUCAGGAAGGGGCUGGCUGGCUCCCCUGGCUCCGCAAAACCUCCUCAACCGCAUCCUCGGGUUGUGUUUAAGCUUGACCCAGCCUGGUUUGGACUUGGAGUUCAGCACCGGAGAGUGUCGAGGGAAGACGACGCUUCGGGACGGUUUCAGGAGAUGUGGGCUGGAGGAAAACCAAGAAAAUGGGCUUGGGGCUGCGCUCCCUCUCUUGCUUUUCCAGGACGGCUGCACUCGCGGUUUUCAGAGGAAAUGGAAAGAAUGAGGAGAGGAACAAAGGGCUUUAAUGUGCUUAAGUGCUUGUUUUCGUCAUU